UGCAGUAUAACACUACUACACACUAAAAAAACAUGGCGAAGGAGCUGGCCACCCAAUAUUUUUCCACUGGGAACGAUAAUGAGAAUGACCACGAUGAAAAUUCACUAGAAUCUGUCAUAUCUCUGCUACCUAAAGCCAGUGGUGGGUCCAAAUAUGGUAUAAGCUUGUACCAAAAUUGUUGGUUCCCAUCCAGUAUCAUCCCCAACAUCAUCUCCUUCCAAAACCAAUUCAAACCCAAAGACCAAGACACAAUCCUGGCUUCCUUUCCCAAAUCAGGCACCACUUGGCUCAUCUCCCUUUUGUUUUCCAUUCUCAACCGCAACCAACACUACGAGCAACACCCCUUGCUCACCACCAACCCUCACCUGCUCGUGCCUUCGUUAGAGUUCUCGAUCUAUUCCAAUCCCAAGUUCCAUGACCUGAGCUCUAUGCCGAGCCCUCGUUUGGUGUCCACACACAUGCCCUACGCCUCUCUUUCUGAUCAUUCUACCAACCAUUGUUCUUCUAAGCCUCGCAUAGUCUACGUUAGCCGAAACCCUCUCGACGUGAUCGUGUCUUUCUGGCACUAUGCAAAGGGUCACCCGGCCCGUCACUCGCACGAGCUGACUGUUGGAGAUUUUGUGGACAUGUUUUGCAGCGGAGAGAUCAACUUUGGGCCUUAUUGGGACCAUGUUUUGGGGUACUGGAAAGCGAGCUUGGAGAGGCCUGAGGAAGUGUUGUUUUUGAAGUAUGAGGACUUGAAAGAGGACGGAGUUGGUCAAGCCAAAAGGGUUGCAGAGUUCGUAGGGGUUCCUUUCUCUCGAGAGGAAGAGAGUGAUGGAGUUGUUGAGCAAAUUUUGGAGAUGUGUAGUUUUGGUAAACUCAAGGAUUUGGAUGUGAAUAAGCAUGGCCAGUUUAAGCCUAACUUUGAUAAUAAACUUUUCUUUAGAAAAGGUCAAGUGGGUGAUUGGGUUAACCAUCUUACUCCAUCUAUGGCAGACUGUGUGAACGAGAUAAUCAAGGAAAAAUUUAGUGGUUCUGGUCUGUCAUUGAUUAGAAUGUAAAGAUUUGAAUAAAAUUUCACAAUAAUAAUAGGCCUUCUUGGUAAAAUGGUCUUAUUUUGCA